UGUUAUCGGUCUCGGAAGCACAUUCGUCCUGGGGCAUGAGUAAAACGUGUUCCAUUUUCAACUCCACAUAACGUGCCGUGCCGGACAGAAGCGCAAGGUAUUGACCGAUGUUGGUAAAAGACGACCUCAGAUAAACCAGCCGGCGGCGUGCUUUGCUAGGCAGUAUCGUUUGUAGGAUCUGAUCCGAUUCGACCUACAUUGACGCAGACAGCUUCAUUGUGUCGUCAGAAAUGCGAAAGUGAACGAUUUUCCUAUACUCUCCAUCCCGUUUCCUCUGUAUAUCGUACCAACAACAUUACCGAUUCUUGCCAAUUCGAAAGGUGCCAUCUAAACUAGAGCACGGCUGAAAGAAACCGACACUGCAACGAGCACAAAGAAAACGUUAGAAAAAUCGUAACACCCGGCUUCAAUCAUAGUAUUCAAUACAAAACAGUAUAGAUUAAUAAACAAGAUACUAUCAGAAAAAAACAAUGUGCAGCGGCAACGAAAGCAAUGGCACGACCACGCCGGUACUUUCGGAAAAUCCAGCUGAUUAUGGUGAUAAUUUAAAAAUACUGGACUGUAACGAUCAGGUGAAGGAGCUGCAGACGAUCAUCCGGGAUAAAAACACCACGAGGAGCGAUUUCAAAUUCUACGCGGACCGGCUAAUAAGGCUGGUGAUCGAGGAAAGCCUUAAUCAGCUACCAUACUCGGACUGCUCGGUUGUCACGCCGACCGGCGCUAUCUACGAUGGGCUGCGGUACCGGUCGGGAAACUGCGGCGUGUCAAUCAUACGAUCGGGUGAAGCGAUGGAGCAGGGUUUGCGCGACUGCUGUCGAUCGAUACGAAUCGGGAAGAUUCUGGUCGAGUCGGACGCGGAAACACAUGCGGCCAAGGUGGUUUACGCACGAUUUCCCGAUGACAUUGCAAGGCGGCAGGUGCUACUGAUGUACCCGAUCAUGGCAACGGGAAACACCGUAAUACAGGCAGUGAACGUACUAAAGGAUCACGGCGUUAAGGAAAGUUCGAUCAUCCUGUCGAACCUGUUCUGUACACCGAUAGCCGCUCGGAUGGUAGUGACGGCCUUUCCGGAUCUGAAGAUACUUACCUCCGAGUUAAAUCCGGUCGCACCGAAUCAUUUCGGCCAGAAGUACUUCGGAACUGACUGAACACGGACCCUGCUGGUAGCACCUCGCCAUCCUGUUCCGAUAGUAUUGCACUACGAAAAUUCUGUGUCCCGCUCUUCCGCAUCGACCAUCGAGAAAUUUGCAAUCCUAGGGUCGGCCAAGCGAUAGUAAAGCAGCAUCUUUGGUACUUACCUUCUAUAAAAGUGCAUAUAUAAUCGCCAUUGGCCUUAGUGGAAACAAAAGUACAGUUGCUUCGCGGGAGGUGUGAAAAUGAUCACCUGAUCGGUUUCUAGACAUCUGAACUCUGCCGAACUGAUCGGUCUACUUAAUGUGCUUGGAAAAGAGCACGGUUGCUAGGUAGCAUGGAUUUCGUACUCGCAUGCUCUUCGUUACUUGUUUUUCCUCUUGAACUAACGGCAAAGCUAGAAUGUAGAAUUUCUCCCGCCAUAAAAGCGCAAGGAAGAAAGGAAAUCCUUGCAAAGUAAGUCAAAAGUCGAAUCACUGUCAAACUGGCUAUCAACCGUAGCGAGCGUGUGGAUAAAAUUAUUACAUUAAGUUCUAAUGUAUAAGGGAAAACAUGUUAGCUGUUAAAGAAUAUACUUACGUGCAUUUUAA